UGUUGGACUAGAAUUCUUCAUCCCAAACAAGUCUUCUAGAUAUUGCAAAUUCGUCCCUCUGCAAUUUCUCAAAGCUUUUUUAGGGUUUACUUUUCGCGUCUUCCCAACACCGUGAUUGCAGUGCACGAACGCCGAUCUCAAUUCCUAAUUUGUUCGAAGGUUUCAGGUUUAAUCGUGUUUUCUCGUAUUUUGCAAAAGCAAAAUUGAGAUGGCUAGAGACAGGGAAAUAUCUCGGUCGCCGCCGUACCGGAGAAGGUACUCGCCUUCUCCGUCUCCGGUGAGGUAUGGACGCCGGAGCCGGAGAAAUAGAAGCAGAUCCCCUUAUUCUUAUAGCAGAAGAAGAAGUCGUUCAUUAUCUCCUCAACCCCGCAAAAGUCGUUCUCCCACUCCAAGACGUCGUAAAACUCGUUCUCCUGCACCAAAACAAAAUAAAAGACAGAGAAAAAGGAGUACCUCGUCAUCCCCACUAAGUGCAUCUCCCAAGGUACAUGCUGGUGCAAAAGAGACGGAAAAUGCGAGUGAAAAGUUGAAAAGAGAGGCAGAGGAAAGGCAAAGGCGUCAAAAGGAAUUAGAAUUAAAAUUAAUCGAAGAAGAAACUGCAAAGAGAGUAGCAGAAGAGAUUCAGAAAAAAGUUACAGAGAGGUUGAAUUCAGAAAAGAUCAAGCUUGAAAUAGGUAAGCUUCUAGAAGAAGGCAGGAGGAAACUUGUAGGUGAAGUCGAAGCUCAACUUGAAAAAGAAAAAGAAGCAGCUCUUGUAGAGGCUCGUCAGAGAGAGGAACGAGCACAGAGAGAGAAAGAAGAGAUGGAAAGAGUGAUGGAAGAGAAUAGAAGGAAGGUGGAAGAAGCUCAAAGAAGAGAAGCUUUGGAGCAAGAAAGAAUGGAGGUCGAACGGUAUAGAGAAUUGGAGGAGCUUCAAAGACAGAGAGAAGAAGCUUUGAGGAGGAAAAAACAGCAAGAGGAAGAAGAACGAGCGAAUCAAGUGAAGCUCUUGGGCAAGAAUAAAUCCCGGCCCAAAGUUUCGUUUGCCCUAAGUUUUAAAUGAUCGGUACUCGUUAUUUCCCUCUCUUUUUUCGGUUGUAUUGGUGUGAGAAGAAUUUAUAAAAAAAAAAAAAAGUAAAAAUCCUUUCUCUUGUUAGCAAGUUAAUAUCACUUCUGGUGAUUGAUAAUAUUUGUUAUUGUUUUAUGUCAUUUUUUUCUUUUUCUUUGUUGG